GAUCAAAUUGGCCCGUGGCUCUCCUCCUCCUCCAACAUCUUCACAGAAUCCACCCCCAUCAAAAUUGGAGACAAGAAGCCGGGAUUAGGGUUUGCCUCGCUGAAACCAGGAACGAAGCUGAAAUGGCGCUGAGGCAGUUCUACAACGAGAUCAGGGGGAUGAAGGUGAAGGAAAUCCCCAACUACGUGAAGCCGAAGCUGUCGAUUGACUACGUGAAGAAGUCCAUUCAGAGGGGUCUCGACAAUUACCAUGCCAAGUACAUCGAGACCGACUCGUUCGAGCCUGUCUACCACAUCUUCAUCGGUGGCAUGAUCUUCUCUUACCUCGUCGCUCUCCCCAACGAGCGCCGCCAUCUCGAGCACAAGCGGCACGCCAAGGAGCACGGCGGUCACUGAUCGAUCCAUCGGUUCGUCGGGGAAGGUGCGUUGGGUCAAGAUGGUUGCUAUGUGUCGAUUCUCUAUAUCUCCGAAUUUCUGAUUUUCAUUGGGAAGACAUGAUGAACUGUCUAGCUCACCCAUUGGCGCAUCCAAAUAAUGUGAACUUUGUGUCGUUUUGUGAAAGUUUUUACAUUGCAGAUGUUACCUUCAUCAGUUUCUCUAUAAGGGUGAAUCAAAACACAUGUUGAAGUUUGAGCUGACUGAUGACUGGCUCUUGAAUUUGGAUG